AAUGCGCUUGGCCGGAGCUGUGGAGCGCACGUGAAUUGCAGCAAAAGUAUUUAGGCGCAUACUUAAUCGCAGAACGAAGUGGUUUAAACCAAAUAGCAAGGACUCGAAAAAUUGUAAACAUUUCGAAAUUUUUGCAUGUGAAUCUUAAAAGUGAUAAGAAAUUUCUGCCGCAAAUUUGAUAAGAACGAUACGAUGAACUUCAGGCGAAGCUCACUCAUUCUACUGCUGAUGCUGGUGUUGCUUUACUUUUGCGCAGAGUCGGAAGCCAAAAAGUGGCGUUCACAUCACAAGAAGAGAAGUAAUUCACCUAAAAUUUCGGCCACUUUUCGUACAGUACCGCCAAAACGCAAACCAAUGCCAAAGCAUCUAACCGCUGCACACAAACGAAAUGCGAAAAUGAACUACUACCAUCCGCUGCCCACCAGUUGGCCUACUCACUUUGCGGAUACUUUGCCACCUACAUACUACUUAGCCUCGAACUAUCCACGUUGGCGCUCUUAUCUUACAGCGCCGGUGCGAAGAAAUACACUAAGAAAAAUGGAUUUGACGCCACCAUUUGUGCCCCUUCUUCCGUUUGCUGCACAUCCGACGGCAAUGCGGCGCGCCGAUGAAUUCGAUAUUAACAGCAGCAGCAGCACUUUAUCCACUGCACCUUUGGUCGAUAUGAGCGCUUUCAAUGCCGCCAUUGCGGAUGGUAUUCUGGACACUGACUUUUCCCAAUCGUCUGCAAAUCGAGACUUUCUACAACCGGAGAUUUCAUUAGGUGGCUGGACGCCAGUAGACUACAAGUCGUUUAUGGCAGAUGCGGAUUUCAGUCUCUUAAACGAUCAGAUGGAUCUAAGCCGUCGACUGGACAUGGAUGGACCGAUGUAUAGCAAUCCAUUUGAAACACAUUUUGUUUAA